AUGGCCAUUUUGCAUGGUGGGAGGAGAGGGGAUGAGGAAUCUCAUGUGUAAAACAUUUCAGCCAAACAUUGGCAAGGCAUUUUUCCAACUUUUUUCUAUUCCUUCUCUUCUUUUUUUUUUUUUUUUCAAUUUUAUUUCCAAUUAAAUCAUACAUAAUAUUCUCUGAGAAAAUGUUUCAAUUUCGCGCCUUUAAAUCUAGCAGAGCUCUCUCUGGUGUCCCUGUGCAGUCCCAAAAUUAAGAUGUGUGAACCAUAUAUGGAAGGUGAAGGAGUGGAGGUGGUAGAAUACAGAGCAAUGGACAUUAGUCUCAAGGACCUCUCCAAGAAACUCCAAGAAUUUGCCAGUGCUAGAGACUGGGAAAAGUAUCAUACUCCGAGAAAUCUACUCCUUGCUAUGGUUGGUGAAGUAGGAGAGUUAUCAGAGAUAUUUCAGUGGAAAGGAGAGGUGGUAAAAGGGUUACCAAAUUGGGAGGAAUCAGAGAAGGAGCAUUUGGGAGAAGAGUUGUCAGAUGUACUGCUAUAUCUCAUCAGGUUGGCUGAUAUUUGUGGCAUUGAUCUUGGUCUUGCUGCCACCAAUAAAAUUGUCAAGAAUGCUAUCAAGUACCCGCCCAAGAACAUCUUCUAAAACUGUAUUUUUUUUUUUUUUUGGGCAAGUAAAAAAAAAAAAAAAAAAAAAAAUUGUGUUUUUUUGUUUGUGUUUUUGGGAGCAAAAAGAACAAUCAAUUUUAAUGAUGAUCAAUUUUGUUGA